AUUUUUAUUUUCACGGUUGCCUCCGCAUGCGUCUUCUCUCUGCGAGGCCUCCGCCCACUGCCGCCAGAUCUCCGAAAACACCAAAGCGACCGACGGCGAUAGAAGCGGCGACGACCCGCCGGGACCGCCGAUCCGCCCCUCUGCCGUCUAUUCGCCCCCGACGGCCGGGGAUCUAGUGGCGGGGGUGCUUCUCCUUCCCGCCGACGAGACGCCGCCGCCGCCGCGGCCGACACCGCGGGACGGGCGGCGGGGAUCUCGCGGUAGCGGACAGAUUGAGAGGGUUUCUCCGCGAUGGCGCCGGAGGCGGCGUCGGGGAGGAGCUGGGUGGAGUCCUACACCGGGAUGUCCGCCGACAACAUCAAGGGCCUCAUCCUCGCUCUCUCCUCGAGCUUCUUCAUCGGCGCCAGCUUCAUCGUCAAGAAGAAGGGUUUGAAGAAGGCGGGCGCUUCUGGGGUUAGGGCAGGAGCUGGAGGCUAUGCUUACUUGUACGAACCACUUUGGUGGGUGGGAAUGAUAACAAUGAUUGUUGGGGAAGUUGCUAAUUUUGCAGCUUAUGCAUUUGCUCCAGCUAUUUUGGUGACUCCUCUUGGUGCACUUAGCAUAAUUAUCAGUGCUGCUCUCGCACAUAUCAUUUUACGGGAGAGGCUGCAUAUAUUUGGCAUUCUUGGUUGUGUUCUUUGUGUUGUGGGGUCAACUACAAUUGUUCUCCAUGCCCCUCAAGAGCGUGAGAUUGAAUCUGUGAAGGAAGUAUGGGAUCUGGCUACUGAACCAGCUUUUCUGUUCUAUGCGGCAGUUGUAAUUGCCGCUGUUUUUAUACUUAUAUUCCAUUUUAUCCCCCAGUAUGGACAGACACACAUUAUGGUGUACAUCGGUGUUUGCUCUCUCGUAGGUUCUCUAUCGGUCAUGAGUGUGAAAGCUCUUGGAAUAGCUCUGAAGUUAACAUUUUCGGGAAUGAAUCAGUUAAUUUAUCCCCAAACUUGGGCUUUCACAAUAGUUGUAGCUACAUGUGUGAUUACUCAAAUGAACUAUCUGAACAAGGCUCUUGAUACAUUCAACACAGCAGUUGUAUCGCCCAUAUACUAUGUGAUGUUUACAUCCUUAACCAUUUUGGCUAGUGUGAUCAUGUUCAAGGUUCUUAUUCCAUUUGUGUCGAUAUUUCAAAUCCCUCGCCACUUACCCACACAGAUACAAAGUUCACCAACUUUAUCUAGUUACAGCCUAGACUGGGACCGGCAAAAUCCAACACAAAUAGUCACAGAGAUGUGUAGCUUUAUCACUAUUCUUUCUGGGACAUUUCUUCUUCACAAGACCAAGGACAUGGCUGAUGGUCAUUCACCAUCUCUAUCUGUGCGCCCCUCAAAACAUGCUGAUGGAGAUGGCUACCUCGCUGAGGGCAUUCCUCUCAGGUGUCAGGACUCACUCCAAUCCCCAUGAUUUCUUCUGGAGCUGUAUUUGCAUCAGCUUUACACGCAUCAUGGUUACAUCUGGCCUACUCAGAAGAAAAAAAGAAAAAUCUAGAUUUUUCCUCGAGAAAGUACAGAUUUUUUUUUUUUCCUUUUUCAAAAUUCUCAAAGCAAUAGGUUCUGCCCCCUUUGUAUUGAGACAGCAGUGAAGACCUAUGGGGCUCAAUGGGCUAAUCUGUACAGAUUUUAGCUUCGAUUGCCAAUUAAUUCACUUUUUAAUCUUAGCUGUUGAACUUGGAAGUUAGGACCAUUUCCUGAACUCUGCUACAAAAUAUUUUGGUAUUCAUGUGAAUGGUGCAGCAAGCCGAAAAAUUUCUUUGCUAAAGACAAUAGUUGAGUAUUUGACUUUUGGGUU